AUGGCGCAUCUAGAGCGAUAUAGGUCCACGCUAAAUGAGUCUCUCGACAAAUCGCAAAACCUGCUAAGCACUUUGGUGGAUCUAAAGAAAAAAGGAGCACUGGAUGACGCGGACAUCGAGCUGCUCAACACCUUUCACAGAGAGGCCGUUCUGGACAAUGUUCAGCUAAUCAACGCCAAGAACGAGGUGAAGAGCGCGUACAACAAGCUGGCCGACGAGAACCUGAAAAAGCUGCAUUCAGGCCACUAUCAGUUCAACAACAUGAAGAUCCAGCGGUACAAGGGCCAGAAGCUCAGGAACGAGAGUCUGGCUGCAGAGUUCAGCAGGCUCAUCGCGCAAAUCCCCGAGCUACAGCUUGACCAGGUCUUGGACAACGAGAACACAAAAGACCAGGAGUUUUUGAACGGGCUGCGCAAGAGCGGUCUUGACAUCAGGCUGCAGUUCGCAAGGUCGGAUUUCAGCGACCAGAUAGACGAGACUGUUGUGAGCCGUGUGGAGGAGAUCUUAAAAAACGAGGAAGUCAGGAAGUUCCGUCUGGUGCAACUGAAUGACAAGCACUACGAGCGCGAGCGGGCUGUGUUGCAGAGCAUGAGCAUGAAGUGGCAGAACCGGUUAGCAGAGCUGACGAAGUUUGUGAGGGACGAUACGGCCAGAAUACUUCGAACAAUCGACGACGUAAAGGAGGAGCUGCGCGAGGAGGACGAGGAGGAGCUUGAAGAAGAGGAAGUUGAAGACGAGGAGGAAGCUGAAGACGAGGAGGAAGACGAGGAGGAAGAGCGGGAAGAGCAAGAAGCCGGAGAGAAAGACGGCCAGGCAGCGGAGCCGGAGCAGACAGAGGGCGCGGAGGACGACGCGAUGGACCUGGAGACAGAAGCCCAGACCGCCAGCGAGGAAAGAACGCCGGCCGCAGAUGCCAGCUCCGACCUCGAGCUGGACGAGCAGAUGUAG